CUCUUGCUGCCGAUAUACUCCUCGCAUGGGGAUUAUAAAUCGAACACCGAGCUCCUCCCAGAACCCCCCUUGGCAUCUUGUCCAAGCUAUUUCCGCUAUCGGGAGGGCUUGGCCGCCAGGAUCACAACAAUGGCGUGUGGAGGGACCGUGGGUCGCCUCACGCUAGGUUUGGUCACACCGUCGUCAAGCUCUCAAUGUUUGGCUGGGGACAUCCGUCGGUGGUGGCCGAAGGUUAUGGUGCCCUCACCGUGCGGAUUGCGGUCGGAGCAGCGGGAAUUCCUCCCUGGAGUCACACCGCCACCACGAAAUCGCGUGCGGUCAUGGCCAGUGGUCUUCGUCGUGUCAGCCGUAGGUAUGUAACCUCUCUAAUGUUCACUAAAGUAUCUGCAUCGUGCAACAUUGGUUGGGGAGGGAAGAAGCACACCGUCGUAGCAGAGGCGCUGCACACCGGUAGAGCUCUACCUUGGGCUCACACGCGCAUCGCCACCGCGACUAGCAUCGCGCUGGAGGAAGAAGACGCGCUUGGGACCGUCGUCUCUAAUGGAGUGGCCAAGAUUAGAUCCUAGUAUAGCCUUUCGUUUCAUCGAAGCAUAGCCGUAGAUCGUAGAUCCGAGAGCCCUUACUUGAUCAGUAGUAUGGGCGGUUUUGGGCCAUCGAUCUUUGAUCCAAGGGCAGGAAGUGGAUACCAUUUCAUAACCUUGUUGAUCUAAUCUGGACCGCUCAAAUCUGAUCGUGCGGCUAUGAUUAAAUCACCAUACCUCUUCAUCCCCAUUAUAUGGUGGCACGUGAUCUUAGAUCCAACGGUCAGUAUUUCACCGUACCCCUUCGGCUUGAACAAUUGCAUAUGAGCCCCUCGGCUUAUGCAAAAUCAACCCGCCAUCCAGGUUAUAGUAUAGGGGAUUUAAAAUGGGUCCCUAGAAUUCACAAACUAGCCCUUGGAGUCUCGGGAAUUUAUGCCCGCAGCCCAGAGAGUAAACAAACAGGAUGUUGGGGGCCUUCGGCUUCCGAAGGUCCUCAAAAACAGGAUUUAACAGUGUUUCUGGAGUAUAAUGUGUGAUCAGGUAUCUUCGGACUCGAGUCGAUAUCACAGUAGGAGAAGCCCAAAGUAAUACGAAGGUUGAUACAACGCCGAAGAUGUGAGCGGGAAAGCUUCGGCGUGGUAGCAGAAAAAGAAACCGACUUAAAGAUGAAAAGGCUAUUCAGACCUCGGUGGAUUACUAUAGAAUUACUACCAAAUGUAAAGGGCAUGAAUGUAAUUUUAUAUGGGCUGUGUCCCGUGCCUAUAAAUAGGUGAACAGUACCCCCGUACUGUUCACGCUGACUUGACAUU